UGGAUUCGCUCCUUUUCUUUUAAUUUAAAUUGAUUUGUUAAUAGCAAAUUGCAAUAUUCUAAUUAUUUUUUUCGAAUAAUUGCUUCUAACCUAUUCUAUUCUCUAUUAUUCAACUAUGAAAGUUGAAGUUAUAUCCCGAAGUGCUCAAGCUUAUGUGAGAGAAACAAACAAGGAUGUUCACAAAGUUCAAAGGAACCUUGAUUCACGUCUUCAUCCUCUUCAAAUACCACGAGAGUACAAGAGAGCAUUGAAUGCUGUAAAAUUAGAUAAAAUUUUCGCAAAACCCUUUUUGUUUUCUUUAUCUGGUCAUAUUGAUCCAGUUGAAUGCCUAAUGAAACACCCUAAAAGUUUGUCUACACUAAUAUCGGGCUCGUUUGAUGGUCAAAUUAAAGUUUGGGACCUCAUGAAGAGGAAAUGUGUCCAGUCCAUCCAAGCCCAUGAUGGUCCUGUUUCUGGCUUGUGUAUACCACAACACGGGGACUAUUUCUUCUCUUGUGGUGACACUAAUGUCAUAAAAAGAUGGCAUAUAAAUGAGGCCAAUAAAGAUGAUCGACCAAUCACCUCAAUCGUUACAAAAACAAGUAUUGUUGGUAUCGAUCAUCACAAGAAAAAACAAUAUUUAAUUACUUGUGGAGAAACGAUUGACCUUUGGGAUGAAUCGCGACCAUCGCCUCUUAAAACCUUCAAUCCGACUUUUGAUUCUUCGUACACAAUCAAAUUUAACCCAAUUGAAUGUGACAUUUUCGCUUCCACAGCGAAUGAUCGCAGUAUUACCUUAUUUGACAUUCGCCAAAAUGAACAUUUGAGAAAAGUGAUCAUGUCAAUGAGAACAAAUAAUAUCGCAUGGAAUCCAAUGGAAGGAUAUCAUUUCACAGCAGCAAAUGAAGAUCAUAAUUUAUACACUUUCGAUAUGCGGAAUCUUUCAGAACCAUUGAAAGCCCAUGUAGAUCACAUUUCUGCCGUAAUCGAUGUUGAUUAUUCACCAACAGGAAGAGAAUUGGUCAGCGGAAGUUAUGACAAAACUUUAAGAAUCUUUCGAGAAGGUGCUGUCCACAGUCGAGAAGUUUACCAUACGAAACGUAUGCAAAGGUUGACCAGCGUUUUAUGGACAUUAGACUCCAAAUAUAUUUUAUGUGGAUCGGAUGAGAUGGACAUUCGAGCCUGGAAGGCAAAUGCCUCUGAGAAACUUGGUCCUAAAGGUUCAAAAGAAGAAAUCAACUUCAGAUACCAAGCGAAACUUAAAGAAGCAUAUGCUCAUCAUCCAGAAAUUAAAAGGAUCGCUCGACAUCGUCACCUACCUAAACAUGUUUACCAUGGAAAGAAAGAGAAAGACGCCAUGGUUAACGCCAUAAAGAGGAAAGAGGGCAACAAGAGAGCUCAUUCAAAACCAGGAACAGUUCCAAUAACGAAAAUAACUGAACGAGCGAUUGUUAUCGAAAGUGAAUAAACAGAUGAUUCACAAUUCUAGAUGGAUUCUAAUUUGCAAUAUUAA